CAGUCUUUUUGUGAGGCUCGGCUCCGAAUGCCGCGCUUCUACCUCCUCUCGUCAUGCGCACUUUUGGCGUUUGCCACGUCAUUUUGCAAUGCUGAAAAGUCACAGAUUCGAAUGCCAGGAGUCGUUCCAGAGGCCGACUCCUACCUAUGCACAUCGUUGGAGCUUAGCGACCAGGAGAACUAUUUGACCGGUUUCAAGGCCUUGACAACCAAGGGAACCGCCCAUCACAUUCUCCUUUUCGGAUGUGAAGAACCAGGAAGUGAUGAGCUUGUUUGGGAUUGUGGAGAAAUGAAUAAGCCGGAUGAUGAGAUGCCACGUGCGCCAACCUGUGGAAGUAAACCAGCAAUUUUGUACGCCUGGGCGUUGGAUGCACCACCACUUGAAUUGCCGCAAGAUGUUGGCUUCCGUGUUGGAGGAGACAGCAACAUCCGUCACCUUGUCAUGCAAGUCCAUUACAUGCACUCAAAACAGGAACCCGAUGAGACAGGCUUAGAGAUUACCCACACCGAAGAACCCCAACCAAAGCUCGCCGCCACCAUGCUCCUGGUCACCGGAGGAACUCUGCCACGUAACAAGACAGAAUCCUUCGAGACUGCUUGCAUGAUUGAGGAAGACGUCGUCAUGCACCCAUUCGCCUACCGUACCCAUACUCACAGACAUGGAAAGGAGGUCAGCGGGUGGUUGGUGAAGGAGGAUCAAAAGCACGAGGACCACUGGAAGCUCAUCGGACGGAGGGAUCCUCAGCUUGCUCAGAUGUUUGUGCCAGUUGAAGAUCAGGCGAUGACAAUCCAGCAGGGAGAUAUGGUGACUGCACGGUGUAUUCUGCAGAACAACGAGAAUAGAGACAUCUCGAUGGGAGCAACUGAGGAAGACGAAAUGUGCAAUUUCUAUAUUAUGUACUGGACUGAUGGAGAAGUGAUGCAGGACAACACUUGUUAUUCGCCUGGAGCACCGGAUUACAAAUGGGCACGAGAAGCAGAUCUCAAUCAUAUUCCGAAGUAAACGAUUUUUAAGAAGAAAAAGAAUGAAAGAACUUGUUUAAGAUAAGAAGAAUAUCAAAAUAAAAUUAUUGUGUGUGUGUCCCGAAUGAGCCCCGAAUGAAACAUUUUUCUGUUGAUCUGUUUGUGAAGCCUUGAUCUUAAGAUUUGAAGAAUAAGUGAAAUUAUUU